AUGUACGAGGAUUGCUGUGCUGUGAGGAUGAUAUUGAGGGGAUUUAGGGUUUUCAUCGACGACUGCGACAUUUCCACGGAUUCAGCUUAUAGGAAAGAGUUGCAGAGUGUUCUGGGUGAAAAGAAAGUGACUUUGCCACAAGUGUUCGUUCGAGGGAAGUACAUUGGAGGUGAUGAUGUGAUCAAACAGCUUCAUGAGGUUGGUGAAUUAGCCAAAAUUCUCAGUGGGCUUCCGAUUCAAGAACUUGGGUUUGUCUGCGAGGGCUAUGGGGAUGCCAAGUUCAUUCCGUGCUCGAAUUGUAGUGGAAGCAGAAAGGUUUACGACGAAGAUGAAGACCAGUUGAAGAGAUGCCUCGAGUGCAAUGAGAACCGGUUGAUCCGGUGUCCAACUUGCUGUUCUUCUUGA